AUUUUAGAACGUGUAAAAAACUCGUGCAUAUUACUGCCCUUCAAAUUUAAAAAACCUAAACUCUCUCUCUUGAUUCUUGCUGCUGCUCCAGUUGCCAUUGCUGCACAGUGCACAUCCAGUGAUUACGAAUAUGGAAGAAGUGCCAAAAAUGAAAGCUGAUAAUGAAUUUUACGCUGAUUUAGAUGCCAAAUUGAGGGUCAAACUUACAUGUCAUCUAAUAAGACAUGAAACAUCGAGAGGCAUACAAAUAAUUCUGCCUCCAAUUCAACAAGAAUAUUGUCAGUGUAGUUUUGCUGCAGCUGUUAAGGCUUUAGAUUAUCAACUAAGGCUGUUAUAUUCACUUACACCUAAACCAACCGAAUUAGUCAAUCACAUAGGUGUUUGUCUUUUUGACCAUGUUAAGUGGAGAAGUGACCUUAAAGCAAAAUUUCCUGGAAAAACUCGUUGGAAACCUGCUGACCUUAUAAAAUCAGCAACAAUUGAUGGUGCUCCCCUUUGGAAUGAGUUGAACCAUUGUAUUCAAGAAUGCAUGUUUGCUGACCCCUUAGCCUCUAAAGGAAUGAAGUGGGAGGAUACUAUAAAGAUGUUUUUGAAUACAUGCCCUGUGGUUGGAGUGUUUCAAGUUAGAAAGGAUUAUAAGAUUAAUGGAGAUGGGAUAUACCAUGGUUUGGGGGAUCACAUUGAUGAUAUUCUUUUUUGUUUUGAUGAUAAGGGGAAAAAAGUUUGGGGCAAAGCUUAUCAUGCUGUUGUGCUUUUAGAUUACAUAGAAGUAGACGAUGUAUUGUAUGUAUAUUACCAAAACUCAGAUGGUGAUCCUGAAAAGAGUUUAUGUAAAAAAGGAAUUUCUUUAAUUCGUUCAAAUCUCAUUGUUGAGCUGAUAUACGGAGCAUCCCUUCCUCCAGUACACCCUCCAGCUCUGAUGCAAUCAUAUGAUCUACUUCAAUACCUUAAAAGGGAUGUGGAUAAGGUUGCAAAACUCAUGGAUGAGACGGAUAAAUACAUGAAUAAAGUUAUAGAACUGCGUAAAGCAAUUGAGACGCAUGAGAAAAAUGGUGCAUGGGAAGAUGUAAAAACAAGUUUGAAGGAAUGUGGAAAAUUUAUGGAAGAAAUUGGUACUCAUCGCCAUAGCUUGCGUGGGUUUGCUAAGAAGUACUUUAAUGUGGAGGAUGCUGGGAUGGUAUCUUAUUUGGACGUUAUUGACACACUUAAGCAUUGUAAAAAGUUCUUAAGCUUUACUGAAAGCUUCGAGGAAUUUAUCAACAAACGUACAGCUUUCACUCGAUGGGUUUUCUUAUAUGGUUGAACUUAGCGUUGGCAGAUAUUGAUCCAUGUAUGCUUGGAUCAGGUCUUAAUGCUAUGUAAGGGUUGGACCAUGAUCCAAUUAUAAACAACCUACAAUCCAAGACAAACCAUGAAGAGCAUAAUUGGAUCAACAACACACUUGCUGAAACUGAACUUACUGAGCUUAGCACGAAAACUAAGGAAGCCUACCUCCAAGCUGGACCAAGCAUGAGUAUCAAGACAUGGCAAGUCCAGGAGGGAACAACAGAAGGUCUCCCAGCAACCAUCAGACAUAACAGAAGCUUGGUUCAAAGCCAACAAAUAGCAGAACAGACAAUCCAACAAAUCUGCCGACCAGCCUACCUUGCAAGGGUUGUCCAGAGCUAACCCACGCAUCUUGGAGGACAUGGAGGGUAGAAAUGGAAUCUCUAUACACAGACCUAUCCAACAAGACCUUAAGUGCCUCCUAACGAUCACAGUAAGACACCAAAAAAGGGAUCUGAAGGUCCCCUGUCAGACAGAUCAGAACUGGAAGAGCUGGAAGCAUACUUAGCAUAAUUUCUGAUUUCUGUUUCUGUUUUAAAACAAACGUGCCUAUCACGUGCUCUUUAAAAUGUGUUAGUUAAUCCUUGUUAUAGCCGUUAUUUUUUUUUCCUUGGAAUUCCUAUAUAAAGGGAUCCUCUCAUUUGUAUGAAAAAUACACAGAUUGUUAAUGACAAAUUCCUUCAAGUAAAUUGCCUUGCAAUUUCCUUUGCCUGGGUGAGUUCUUUGUGAGUGAAACAAAGAGACAUUCGGUUUGUUCCACGAGGGUUAAGAGAGUGAAUCUUAAUAUUAGUGUGAGGAAGAGGCCAAUUGGUUGAUAUAAGGCCAAUUUGUUUCUAUCCAAGGCACAGAACCAUUCAUCAGAAUUGUUCUGGCCACCUUCUGUUCAUUCAGAACAGAAGGCUUAUCGUGUGGCGUUUGUUCAAGAUCAAUCUUGGCAUUGUUCUUGGAAGGAUUUAUCAGGUUCUUUGAGUUUUCAACCCCAUACUCGCAUCAGAUAUAUAUGUAAAGAUUAACAUAUGUAAAGACCUGAAGAAAACUCAACUUUGAGUCAAGUUUUGAAGUGCUACUCAAUUUCUUCAAUCUUUGAAAGUAUUGUUUUGUAGGCUUUGAAUCAGAAACAAAAUUUAAUAUUUUUGCUGUUGAAAAUUCUGUGAGAAAUUGAAAAUUGGUGGCUAAUUUGAAGAAAUCAAACAUACCCAGUUUAUAAUAUCUUUGUUGUUGAUAAUAUCUUUGUUGUUUAAUCUCUCUUUAUGGUUGUUUUAGUGUAUAAUUUAUUGAUUGAGUCAUUACUCAGUAGUAGUUAUUUUUUCCUAACACAAACCACUAAUCAAAACAUUAUAAACACAUUAAACCCAAGUUUUCUCUCCUCCAUUAGUUUCAACAACUGCAAACCUCUCCCCAAUUCACCAACCUUUUACAGAUGCCUGUAUUGCCUUACAAUAAACACAUUUUUGCACCCAAAUGCCGGAAUUCAAAGCAUCAUCAAACAAAUUAAGAACCAUAUGAAAUUGAAGGGUAUAAAUCAAGCACUCAAUCAAUUUAUUGAAAGCUUCAUUAAAGGAUCAGAAAAGAGUUUUCAAAUUUCUGUUUUGAGGUUAUUUGUAUAUAGCUAAAGUUCAGUUUUAGCUUCUAAGCUACAAUUGACAUUUGGUAUAUCUUCAUUUUGUAGAUAAAUUGCUUCAUAGUGGCUAGAAUGCAUGAUUCUUUUUUUUCGUGAAAGUUCUUUUGUAUAUGGAUUCCUUUCUAAUAAUUGAUCUCUCUAUUACUUAUCACUCCUGCUGUCUCAAAUGACUUGCUCCAUUUUCUUUUGGAACAAUGUUUAAGGGAGGGAAGUGAAUAAGAGUGGGUGAAUGGAGGCGAACUUCUAAGGUAAAGUUUUCCAAAAAGAUGUAUAUAAAAAUUUAAUUGGAACUCCGAGAAAAGAAAUAUGUAGCAAGAUUUUUGUAGAAAAACGAGCUAAAGAAAAGAGGUCAGUUCUCUGGGUUGAAUAUUAGCGAGAAAAUCCUGUGGUAUUUGUCCUGUAAAUAUUUGGUAAUGGAGAUGCUUAUCUUGUAUUGAGCAUUUGAAGCUGAAAGUUUUAGUGUUCAUAUUCCCAUAUGUAUUGAAGGUAAGUUUAAGGUAAACCAAAGAUUGAAGUAAAUGACCCAUGCAUUCAUAUAAGGUGGUCUACUUAAGACCAGACUGAGUUUUGUGUGGUCUGUGUAUGUCUUUGACUAGACUGUCAUAUAUGCCUGGUGAUUAACUCUUAUUUGCUGGAUUCUUUUUAUUUGUUUGUUGGUUGUCUUUUUUUUCCUCCUUGGUUUUGGGACUGAUGUUGUAGCGCAACUGAUGGAAAGUUCAUAAAUGAAAUGGGAUGGAGAUCUUUUUAUUGCUAGACCUUUCAAUUCUAUACCCACAAAUUUUCAAGGUCAGCAAUUUAUCCCUGUUCAAGCUGGGAAUUCUUCGAAUUGCUCGUCUUCGUGUUCUGAUGUUCUUUCUGAUUUGUUGAAAAUGAAAAUUCUUCUAAAUUAAGGUUGAAGAAAAUUGGUUUGUAAUUUGUGUUAAUUUUUUAUGUAAUUGGUUUAUAAUUGGUUUUCAUGGGUUUUCCAACUUGAAAUGAACAUUCUUCAAAGUUGGUCAUUUAGCUUAAUUUGG